AUGGCCCGCAAGAGGGCGGUGAAGGGAGGCAGAACCAAGCCCUCGGGACAAACCGCACCCAGCUCUGCAGAUGCAGCGGAGGGUCUUUCCAACACAAUGCCUCCUCAGAAACGAUCAGGAGCGGGGUCCCCUACCAAGAAAACACCCCGCAAAGCCGCAGCUCGGGGAAAGUGGAGCGAGGAGCAGGUAAUGACAAGUGAGAAGUCGGUUUUGAUCGAUGCAGACCUAGUGAAACUCCUCGCCAGCUCUGCAGCGUGGCAUGCCUUGGAUGAGGAUGAGAAACGCCAAAUUCUAGAUCUUCUUCCCGCCGAUACCCACCCAAACCCAGAUCCACCAGCAGAUGACCCAAGUGCAAAGAUUCCACUACUCCCUGAGUCCUUUGUUCGGUAUUCAAACAACUGGCGGGAUUGCAUCCGCCAGUUCCAGAUUGACCUACACAAUGGCCGCUAUGACCCCGAAUGGUUGCGGCAAGCAGACCAGGCACGACAAGAGCGGGAGAAUGGCGACUUCGACUCGUUCAAGGAACGGGAAUAUGAGGAGUUCUGGGGCCAGAAACAGAAAUUGGAUAAGAGUCUUGCUUCGGGCGAAGCGAGCAGAGUGAAGCUGGUCACUUUGGUCAAUGAAGGAGUGAUUCAAGUCGGGGACGUUUGGAGAUUCAACUAUGUUUACGGCAAAGGAGCCGAUCGAAUAGUAAUUGACAAGGAGGCUAGAGUCCAUAAGAUCAAUGGCUCUAAACUGUCAUUCGUACUGCCGGCUGGAGAGCGUGUCUUUCUGCAAAGUGCUUUCACCCAAUCCCCCAAAGCCGAAUCGUCAAGCCAAGGGGGUGGACCGCAGAUAAGUCCGAGCAAGGAGCCGAAUAGCCUGAGUAACAAGUCCGAGGAGGCAUCAACUGAUUCAGCUCAGAAAGAAAAUGAGGCUCAAGUCAUCGACAACAACAAGGAAGAUAUCAUCCUUGAUGCACAGAUCGCCCGGUCUGAGACUCAAAUGGACAACGACCACAAGCAGAGCCAAAAGUGGGACAAGGUGUCACGCGAAGAAGCGCACAGCAUCGACCAAACCAAGAAUGAUCUUAUCAUGUCCUCUCCGCUUUCCACUCCGCCAUAUAGUCCAAUUUCGAGCCGACCACCAUCUAGUCCACCGGGCGAGCCAGUUUUCAAGCCACAAGAAAAGACACCAACGGUACAGGUUGUGAUCAUGAGCCCCGUUAAAGCAUCAUGCAACAGCCUGAAGCGCCCAGUUCCCCAGCCUGCAGCACGGCCUCCUGUCAAGCGGAAACCGGGCCGACCACCCAAAGUCCCCAUCGUUGAACCCAAAUUCGAAGAACAGCCCAAGACUGAAUCGAUGGAUAUACCCGCACGUCGGUCAACUCGGUCAACUCGGACAACUCGGACAACUCGGUCAACAGUGCAGGUUGUAAUUCGGUCACCAGACCUCGAGCCCAGGCUAGAACCUACGUCAGAUAUGCAUAACCUCGACAGCACAGUUGUACCAGACCCAGAUUACAUGACAGUGGAAACACCAAAACCUCCACUUGUCGCUGGAUCUCCCAGUGCGGCAAAUGCAGCCGAGGAUUCAACUACAACCGACUUUACACCCCUCACCAUGAAGUCGAGUUCUGAUCCUACACUUGAUCCUAACCCUGAAGCUGAAGUACAAACGACCAACCCCCUAGCUCAUACCCAAUCUCAAGAUCCGAUCUGCAUACCAGACGAGGUCAUCGUUCACGAUAUCACAGUACCACAGACACUAAUCGGCCAUAUCUUGGCUGUUGAUGGAAGAGCAAAAGGCAAGCGCACCGCGAAUGCAUGGCAAGAGUUUCGUUGCUACCGCAGAAACCAAGAUAUGGGUUCACUCUGGGACGUACGCCAGAGAUGGUACUCCCGAAAUAAAUGA